AUGAAUUAUAUGUGUUCAUAUUGUCUUCCUCCAUUUGUCCCAGGUUUCACCGACCUACAAAGGAUUGCGAUUGGACUUGUAUUUUCCAUUUUUGGAAUGGCAGUUGCUUCUCUUUGCGAGAGGAAACGGUUAUCCAUGGCAAAGAGUGUAAGUGGGAACCAAGCAACACUGCCUCUAAGCGUUUUCUUGCUGAUCCCACAGUUCUUCUUGGUGGGUUCUGGUGAAGCAUUCAUAUACACGGGCCAGCUUGAUUUCUUCAUAACGAGGUCCCCAAAAGGAAUGAAAACCAUGAGCACGGGUCUUUUUCUCACAACAUUGUCUCUAGGUUUCUUCUUCAGCAGUUUCCUUGUCUCAGUGGUGAAGAAAGUUACCAGGACAAGUGAUGGUCAAGGGUGGCUAGCAGACAACAUAAACAAGGGCAGGCUUGAUUUGUUCUAUGGACUGCUCACCAUACUUAGUUUUGUAAAUUUUGUAGCCUUUAUGGUUUGUGCAGUUGGGUUCAAGCCUAAGAAACCUAAACAACAAGCUACGCAAAUGGGGGCAAUUAAUGGCUCCACAGCUGAGGAAAAGUGCUGA